CAUGUGGGCUGCGAUGCUGCAAGGAUGUCACAGCCUGUGAAACAGCAAAAUAAAAUAGGGGCAAAGGAAAGAAAGAAAAAAAGCCAUACAACAACACGCCGACAGAAAGCAAAGACAAUGUGUUCGUUCCUCACUCUUCCCUCAGAGCUAUCUCGCCCUGUGCAGAGGCUGCAGAAGUGUGAACACAUCCUGUUUACAUCUGCCGCCCGGCUGGCGCGACGGAGGGGAGCGUGCGGCGGAGGAGCCAGCUGAGGUGCAGGGAGAGCCGGCCCUGCCAUGGAGGCACUGCCCAUCUACCACGGGAGCAUCAGCCGUGAGGCCGGGGAGAAGCUGCUUCUGGCGGCGGGCACUGACGGCAGCUACCUGCUGCGGGACAGUGAGAGCAUCCCGGGGGUCUACUGCCUCUGCGUGCUGCAUCAGGGUUACGUUUAUACCUACAGAGUGUCCAAGACAGAAACUGGGUCCUGGAGUGCUGAGACGGCGCCUGGGGUCCACCGACGGCUCUUUCGGAAAGUGCACAACCUCAUUUCAGCCUUCCAGAAGCCUGACCAAGGCAUCAUCACACCCCUGCAGCACCCAGUCAUCAACCACGCAAAAGUUGCGUGUCCCCCAGGUACCCACAGGGAGACUCAGCUGAGCAGGGCCCUCUAUGGUGGGGAUGGAGGUCUUGGGCCUGUUUGCAUCAUUGGCCUAAACGAGCCAGCACCAGGGCACCGACAAAAAUGUGACUUAUUAGGGGCUGUCAGUGUGAUGAGAAAAUUGUUUUUGAAUUCAUAUUCCUGA